GUCAUAAUAGUGCAGUAUCGUCAGCUUUCCUUUGAGAUUAUAUGGGAAACGUUAUCUUUUUCUUGCAAGGGUUUAAUUCACUUUUUAAAGGUUAUGUUUAUUUUUUAUAGAUUAUCCGUAAUGGGGAUUUAAGCACUAUAAAAGAGCCACACCGUACAGUUCAACGUCCAUAUCUUACAAUUACUUUUUUCAUCGCAGUUUUGAACCUGAUCAAUCUUACAUUUUCAUUUUAUCGGUAGCAGAGUGCAGUUCUUUUCAAAUAUACUUCAAUUUCGUUCAAAUAUCUGCAACAAUGCUCAAGAAUACGGUAGCAUUAAUAACUGGUGGAGCCUCUGGCCUUGGUCGUGGCACAGUUCUAAGAUUUGUCAAAGAAGGUGCAAAAGUUGUCAUAGCGGAUCUUCCUGCUUCAAAAGGUCAAGAGCUUAGUGAUCAAUUGGAAAAACAAGCUAUUUUUGUACCAACUGAUGUCACUUCGGAAGAAGAUGUAUCGAACGCUGUGGGAGCAGCUAAGAGUAACUUUGGCAAGUUAACUGCAGUUGUUAAUGCAGCAGGAAUAGCAGUCGCCUAUAAGACAUAUAAUUUUAAUAAAAAUCAACCACAUCAUUAUGAAGAUUUUCAGAAAGUAAUAAAAGUAAAUACAUUUGGAACUUUUAAUGUGAUAAGACUAGCUGUUGGUCUUAUCGGUGAAAAUACACCUAAUGAAGAUGGUGCACGUGGAGUUAUAAUCAAUACAGCAAGUGUGGCAGCAUAUGAUGGACAAAUAGGACAAGCCGCGUACUCUGCCAGCAAAGCUGCUAUCGUUGGAAUGACUUUACCAAUCGCUCGUGAUUUAUCUAAACAUGGUAUACGUGUAGUAACUAUUGCACCUGGAUUAUUUGAUACACCUUUACUAUCAUCUUUACCAGACAAAGUACGCAACGUUUUGUGCAAAAUGAUACCUUUUCCUCAAAGAUUAGGUAAACCUGACGAGUAUGCACAACUGGCACAACAUAUAAUUGAAAAUCCGCUUCUAAAUGGAGAAACAAUAAGAUUGGAUGGUGCUCUCAGAAUGCCAUCUUAAAUCUAAGAUUCUUUUUUUUUUAUAUUCAAACAUGCUAUUCAUAGGUAAAGGGUGCAUGUUGGAAAGGGCUACUAUAAUAAUCGUUUUAUGAUAUAUAUAUAUAUAUGUAUAUAUACAUCUAUAAACAUGUUAAAUAAAACAAUUGUCUCUUAUACAUGCAACACCAUUGUAUUCUCUUAUAAUGUACAUGAACCACCAAAAGAUUUUCUAUUACAGGUAUCGACAAUUCUUUUUGUUACCUUACAACUGUACAUAGAUGCCUCGCAAAUUGCAAAAGUCGCAACUUCUUGGUUUACAUAUGUUACUAGAGUGUUGCCUAGCAAAAGAUUUGUGUACGUUGUAUUAACAUAAAAAUCUUUGGUUGUUUGGUUAA